AUGGGGUGUCCAGAAGCAGACGUCGAGAAAGAUAAGGGAAAUAUUGCCUACAAGAAAAAGGAUUUCGAAACUGCGAUCGGCCAUUAUGACAAGGCAAUAGAACUUGACCCAACAUGUAUAACGUACUACACGAAUAAGGCGGCUGUUUAUUUCGAAAAGCGUGAGUAUGACCGAUGUAUAGAGGUGUGUGAAAAGGCUGUUGAAGUAGGGCGAGAAAAUAGGGCAGAUUAUAAGCUUAUUGCCAAAGCUUAUGCUCGUGCAGCUCACGCUUUUGAGAAGAAAGAAGAUUAUGCGAACGCAAAGAAGUUCUACGAUAAAUCUUUGUCGGAAUCCAGACAACCAGAUAUUGAAAAGAGUGCUCGAGCUCUUGAUAAACUUAUAAAGGAAAAGGAGAAGCUAGCUUACAUAGACCCGGAGCAGGCAGAGAUUGAGAAGACCAAAGGGAAUGAACUUUUCCAGAAAGGCGACUAUCCAGAGGCUGUAAAGCAUUAUAGCGAGGCAAUCAAAAGAAACCCAUCAGAUGCUAAACUGUAUAGCAAUCGUGCAGCGUGUUACACCAAGAAAGGAGCUGCGUGCAACGCAAUGAAAGAUUUCACUCAAGCAAGAAAAGCUUUCCGGAAAGCUCUUGAACUGGAUUCGGAUUGUACUGAGGCUAGUGAAGGUCUUAUGCAGUCAUAUUCAAAUGACGAUGACCCGGAAGCUGCUCGUAAACGUGCUGUGAACGAUCCUGAAAUAGCUUCAAUCUUAUCUGAUCCAGCUAUGCGUGUUAUUCUUGAUCAAAUGUCAGACCCCACUGCACUUCGUGAGCACUUUAACAAUCCUGAGAUAGCUUCAAAAUUGAUGAAACUGAUCGAUGCUGGCUUGAUUUCCUUCCGAUGA